GCGUUGCCGCCGCCAGUCGGUGAAGUAACGAAACGGAGAUGUGCUCACUGUCGCUCUCAAAGGAACCUCGCCAUGUUUUUUUUGACUAGAUAGUAAAGUUAAAGCCGUCCAAGCGAGCAUGUUUGACCCAAUUAUUUAAUACUAAGUGAAAAUAAAUACAGAGGGAAGAUUUGAACAUCUGACAGCCAGUGCGUGGGAAUGGCAGCUCCGCGGCCGAUAAAAGGCAUCCUGAAAAACAAGAACAACGCCGCUGGUGUCAAGCCGCUACCGGAGGACUUUCUGCCGGAUAAACCCGAAGAAAGUGCCGGACUCUCGGAUGAAGAGCAGCAGAAGAAGUCCCAGAAGUGGGAUGAGAUGAACAUCCUGGCUACUUACCAUCCAGCAGACAAAGAUUAUGGCCUGAUGAAGAUAGAUGAGCCCAGCACGCCUUAUAACAGGAUGGUUGGAGACGAAGAGGAUGAGGGGGCGCUGAGCGACUCGGAGGGUCAUGGGGCGCUUCAUGCGGACGACCUGACAUCAAAGCUCAAAGCGGCAGAGUGUUUGGAACCUCGAUUUAUGAAGGAAGAAGAAGAAGAAGAGGACGAGGAGAGCAGUGAGGAGGAGGAAGAAGAGCUGACCCCUGAGGAGCAAGCCAAAAAGAAACAUUUCCAGAUGAUGAGGAAAAAGCAUUACAACGAGGGCCUCAACAUCAAACUGGCUAGACAGCUCAUCGCCAGCGAGCUGGAGGAUGACGAAGAUGAGGACGAGGAGAUGAGGGAUGAGACGGAAGAGGCGGAGGAGAUUAAUGUGGAUCCGCCACAAGGUGAGAAUAAACUGAUUCUCUGGACUCCUAGAUGAGGCAUGCGUGCUUACACUCCAGUAUGAGUGCAUGGGCUUACCAUGCAGACGAGACAGUACCACAGCGCUGCGUGUUUCCAAUGUCGGGCCAAGCAAAGACACCGCUUCACACAUCAAACGCCUCCAAACAGCCAUUCAUCUGUCUCCACUAUUCCCAAAAGGUGCAAUAUAACCUAGUGACAAAUGUCCUCCACUGACGCUACCCCCUCCCCUCUCCAUGGACAAGGCCGCACUGAAGACAAUAUGAUUCUGACUGUGGAAGUAAGUUCAAGGCCUUGGAGGACAGUUGCUGGGACCGUCCCUCAGUGGGCCUUGGAGCUUGGAGGUCAGCCCUGAAGAAACCCAAGAGAAGCCGGCUGGAGGCGUCUCAAGGAUGUGCUUUUAAUCUGUCCCCUACUUUUUUUUGCUUCUUUUUGAAUUUAUAUCAGGACAGUUUUCAUUUAACAGCCACGUGGAUAUGAUGUAGUUCCACGGUGUGAGUUCUAAGCAGAGUUUGUUCACAUGGGCUGUGUCUCAAUUCGCACACGUACGUACUUACACUUCAAUAUCUCCACUGAGUACACUGGGUACUUGGUUAGUCGCAGAUUUUGACAUGCACGCGUGUGUACUUAAACUUCAAUAUCGCGACUGAGUACACUGCAUACUUGGUUCCUUGAGGCGCAGAUUUUGACACGCACACUUAGGUAAUUACGCUUCAAUAUCUCUACUGACUACACUUGGUUCCUUAAAAUGCAGAUUUUUUACAUGCAAAAUGACAUACUUACACGUCAAUAUCUACUGAGUACACUGAAUACUUAGUAUUUUGUCAUGCACACUUAGGUACUUACACUUCAAUAAGUCUACUGAGUACUCAGUGUUCUUGGUGCGUUAAGACACAGAUUUUGACAUGCGCACGUACGUAGUUCCUUAAGAUGAGUAUUUUGACAUACACACUUGGGCACUUACACCUCAAAGGGUGUACUGAGUACACUGUGUACUUGGUUACUUAAGAUGCAGAUUUUGACAUGCGCACUUAUGUAUUUUUGCUUCAAUCUUUUCUGAGUAAACUGCGUUCUUGGUUCCUUAAGAUAUUGAUUUUGACACGCGCACUUAUCCUUUUACAUGUCGAAUGAGCGCACGGCGUACUUGGUUCCUUAAGACGCAGAUUUUGCCUCAAAACCUCUACUGAGUACACUGCGUGAUAGGUUCCUUAAGGCACGGACUUUGACUCGUGUUCUUACACUUUGAUACGUCAUAGUGCACCGUGUAUUUACUUCCUAAAGGCGUUUGAUUUUUGACUUAAGCGCCGUCCCUAAUGCGCACGUCCCAUCGCAAAAUAACUUACUCUCCUUUUUUAAUUGUGAAUUGCAAUCGUCAGCCAAAAUACGGAUUAUAGAUCAGUGGUUCUUAACCUUGUUGGAGGUACCGAACCCCACCAGUUUCAUAUGCGCAUUCACCAAACCCUUCUUUAGUGAAAAAUAAAAUGUUUUUUUUUUUCAAAUUCAAGACAAAGUUAUAUGUUUUUGGUAAUACUUUAGUAUUGGGGAACAUAUUCUAAGUAACAAAGACUUAAUUUAGAGUUAUUUGGUUAGGGUUAGAGGGUUAGGGCCAGGGUUAGGGUUAUAAUAAGGCCAUGCCGAAUAAAGCAUUAAUAAGUACUUAAUAAUGACUAGUUAAGACCCAAUAUGUUACUAAUUUGCAUGUUAAUAAGCAACUAAAUAAUGGUGAAUAUGUUCCCCAUACUAAAGUGUUACCAUGUUUUUUUACUGGUGCAUAAAAUGAACCGUGCAUGAACAUCACCUUGUUCAAAGAACGAAACCAACACAGUGCAUAAACUCACAACAAAUUACACACCUGCAAAUCAGUGUGACUUCUGCUGUUGUCGUAUCCGUAAUACGCCAAUAGGGAGAAGUUUUUAUUUACACGAUGAGUCGGGUGUGUCUCGACCUCCACCGAACCCCUGAGCCCGACUCACCGAACCCCUAGGGUUCGAUCGAACCCAGGUUAAGAACCACUGGUCUAGUCUCUUACGUGAAUGAGCUAAAUAAUAUUAUUUUAUAUUUUACAGUAAUUUGCUCGAAAGGUGAGAAAUAUUCCCCUAACAAUACCUUAUACCAGUGGUUCUUAACCUUGUUGGAGGUACCGAACCCCACCAGUUUCAUAUGCGCAUUCACCGAACCCUUCUUUAGUGAAAAAUAAAAUGUUUUUUUUUUUUUUCAAAUUCAAGACAAAGUUAUAUGUUUUUGGUAACACUUUAGUAUGGGGAACAUAUUCUAAGUAACAACAACUUAAUUUAGAGUUUUUUGGACGCUAGAGGAACAUAUUCUAAAUAACAAAGACUUAAUUUAGAGUUAUUUGGUUAGGGUUAGAGGGUUAUGGCCAGGGUUAGAGGGUUAGGGUUAUAAUAAGGCCAUGCCGAAUAAGGCAUUAAUAAGUACUUAAUAAUGACUAGUUAAGAGCCAAUAUGUUACUAAUUUGCAUGUUAAUAAGCAACUAAAUAAUGGUGAAUAUGUUCCCCAUACUAAAGUGUUACCAUGUUUAUUUACUGGUGCAUAAAAUGAACCGUGCAUGAACAUCACCUUGUUCAAAGAACAAAACCAACACAGUGCAUAAACUCACAACAAAUUACACACCUGCAAAUCAGUCUGACUUCUGCUGUUGUCGUAUCCGUAAUACGCCGAUAGGGAGAAGUUUUUAUUUACACGCUGAGUCGGGUGUGUUUUGAUCUCCGCCGAACCCCUGAGGCCGACUCACCGAACCCCUAGGGUUUGAUUGAACCCAGGUUAAGAACCACUGUUAUAGAUGUUGUGUGUUGAGUACACUAAACACCUGAAAUGAUGGGCUGGGGACUAAGGGAGUGGUUGCAAUUCACAAUUAAAAAGGAGAGAAGACAAAGCAGAUUCAUAUUGCUGUGGUCAUGUUACCAACAUUAAUAGAUUCAGGACAGCACUACAAUGUCAAAGUACUCAUUGUAUGCAGUGUACUGUACAUAGCGUACUGACGUAAGCAUUGAAUUUGAGACACAGCCAUGAUUUUGAGUCAUCAUUUUUAUGAACAAAUAUAUUUACUUAUCUUAACUUAACACUGAAAGAUUAAACGUUUGGGAAUUUCCGUUAAAGAUACUUACUUUCCAAGUAGUAUGUUUUGGUUUUUCUGCACUUCAGUUGUAAAACAAGUCGAUGAGUCCGGAAGUCGACACUGAUUCAGACUAUGGGACUGAUUUUUUUUUUCUUUCUGAAGUCGAGUAACAGAGAUUUUGACUGAAGGAUCCAAAGAGAUGAAAUCCUGCAAUGGUGGACUAUCAUAUGCUACUGAGGAAUAAGAAAAAAAGUCAACCCACACGAGUGAUUUAUUGGACUUUCCAUAUAUCUUGAUCUUUGUCUGGUAAAUUUUAACGAAGAAGGUCAAAUGUAUUGCCUGUCUGAUUUAAAAUAAUGUCCAAUCGGGAGGUGUAAUUCAUGCUGAUGCUACUGAUGAAUAAAUACUUUCAAUGUUGGCUCUA